CAGUCUUUCUCCUAGAAAAAUACCUAAGGUUUAUGAAUAAUCUGUCAUUCAUUUUCAAUCCUAUUAAUGCUUGUUAUUUUCCUCGGUUGAAUCUUGUUACAGGCAAGAUGAAACUUAUACGCAGUGUCUUAUGGGCUGCCAAUGCUUUCAAAUUACAUUCUUCUCAUCAUCCUCAAGCUUUCAGGACCUUUUCUGCAUUUCCAAAUUAUGGUAUUCAAGGGAAGACUGAAAGAAAAAUAUGCAGUAAUCAGCACUCUGACUUGGGAAUGAAUGUUUAUUCACCAUAUAAUGCUGGGAGGAGGUGUUUCAUACAUUCUGAAAGCCCAAAGGAAGCUGAGAUGAGAAACAAUUCUAGACCAAUGGACUUUGUUAGAGGACUUACGGAGGACAAUACGAGGGGUAUUCUGGGUGAUGCUCCACUUUCUAGGUAUCAUGUCGAGCAGGAUGCUGAUAUUGUUCAUAUAAAGGUUCUUCGCAACAACGCCUUUGUUACUGUGACGGAUUCAAAAGGGAAUAAAAAGUUUGGGGCUACUGCAGGUAAGAUAACAGGAAAAGGAACGAAAAUUGCAAGAUACGCUGCUGAAUCAACUGCAGAACAUGUUGGGCGUGAAGCCAGAGACCGGGGCUUGAGGUUUUGGUGGCCUUUAGCUGUCGUAGUACAUGGAGUAGGCUGCUUCCCGCUUAUCAAUUUACAGUGCAUCUGAUGUAAUAUCGAUUAUCCACAAUGUCAAAUAGCGAAAAGGCUUUUGUUUGUACUAUUGGUAUGAAGUUGUUUUUGAAAAAUUUGCUGAA